AUCACCAGGAGAAGUGGCUCUUCAUAGACAUCAGAGCGAAAGCUCCAGACCUAUGGCUCUUAGCCCUCAGAUCAUUCAGCUUCACCUCGACUCUACCACUAAGGAGGUUGUGAGCACAAUUGUGUCAUGUUACAAGCCAGAAGUUCCUGAGGAAGAAUUGACAUAUUCACAUGAAAAGAUGUCAUCGGAUACGUCCCUUUUGGCUACUGAGUUUGUGGACCAUGUCAUAGCUUGGUUAAAGGUCAUCUCUGCCGCAAGUUCUGUAACUUCUUCAUCAGAGAGUUUGUGCGUUUCUCCAAAUGCAUUCAUUUGCGAACUCUCCAGUGAAACGUUUCAGACACAGGCUGUGAAACGAGUGAAACAAGUCCUAAUUGAAUCUGUCAGGUGCUUUUCCAACUCAGGAAGUUCCAGCAUAUCAGAGUCCCACACUAGUCGGGUCAGUCAAUCAGAUUUUGGCAUUCAACAGGAUUCCUCCUCGACUUCCUUAAUGAGCAUGGACUCAUCCUCUUUUGAUGUUGUUGCAGCCGUUGUGAAAGACAUGAAGAGCCUGUUGCAGACCACCGAAUCAACUGAUAGUCUACAGCCAACUGAUUCUGCCCUUCUACAUGGUACCACAAGUUAUUCUGAGACAUCAAGCAAGAGCUGGCAAAGUGGUGUUGCCAUUUCUGACUUUAAACUUUGGUCUACAGCACAGACUAUUUAUAGGCACCUGCGGAACAACCUGAGAGAGUUUUUCAUCCGGCAUCAUCAACCAGAUGUAAAAACCACAGAUGCGAUCAUAAUGCAAGCCAAAAAAAGCAGCAGUCAAAUCUUGCUUGCCAUCCAAGAGGAAAUGACCAGAUCGGAGGAAUUGAUGACCUCACGGGAGCUGGUGCAACUCCAUGGCAUUGUGGGAAUGAUGCUGGAGGGUGUGGAGACAGUUUGCAGUGAGGAUGAUACAGAGCAAGAGUGGCAAGAGCUUCAAAGGCCUUCAACUUCUUUAUCUACUGCUUCAAAAGGCUCAAGGUCUCAGAGAUUGAACAAUACUCACACUCUCCCAGGAACUCCAAUGUCAACUGAGUUACUGGACAGUAGCUUCCCUGUCAUUAGAAGCACAUGUAUUGAUGCAAGAGAUGAUAUUGCAUCCGGGGCCUCAUUGAGUGACCGAGGAAAAACCCUGAAUGGUGUGGUGAGCUUCAUCAUUGAACAUCUUGAUCCUGAAGUGAUGCAGCAGAUCACUUCUCCAGACUCUGAUCUAACAUCACUAGAAGAACUUAUCUCAAAGGAGAAGAUUCACUCAUUGUGCCAUGACCUUGUUGCUCAACUUGAGAGCCUCAUUCGGGAGCAGAACAGCAUCCCACUAAUCAAAUCGGUGGCAGUCGGUAAGUGUGUCUCUGACACAGUUUUGCUUAACCUAGCAAGGAGGGAAAACCAAGUGGGGAAACCCUUCUCCUCCAAACUCAUCUACAUGUUCGCUGAGGAGUUAGUGAAGCAAUUGCUGCUUCCUUUGAUCUUGCCUCCUUCAUUGUUGGGCUUGGAUCAGGAAGCCUCCCUUUACGAUGUUCCGUCGAGCACAUCUAGUCACCGCAGCUCAAGUUCCACUACUUCUCUAGUGACUGUACUUGAUGGUAGUAGCUCUGUGGUGUCUGCUAGUUCUUCGCAGGUUUACGAUGACACAGUGAAUCUGUUCACAAGCGCAAUCUGUCAUCAAGUGAUGGACAACAUUUCUGGAGCCUCUAGUCACACAGUGGAGGACAACAUCCAUGACAGAGAGGCAUCCAUCAUUGCUACUGGGUCUGUGGAGCAGGCCCAGAGUGAUUCCAGUUCUCCUCGGGCUGUGAAACAAGACAAAUGGAGGUUCAGAUUCCUCCCCAAGUUUUCCAAGUUCAGACUCAACCUCAAGGACUUGGAAGAUAGCCACCAGGAGAAAGGGAUGGAAGAGGAGGUGGAGGCAGAGAAACCAGACGCUCAACUAAAGGAAGAGAAGAAGGUCAUGUCUGGCAAGGCCCCCACAAAAUCAGCAGACCAAGGCACUGAAGAAGGUUCCUCAGUGGCAUUCUGUUCACCCCGAGCUCACUAUCCAGAUAAAUACCGAAACAGAGUGGCCGUAAUUCAACUCUUACAGGAGGAAUUACGCAAGAGUCAACUUUACCCCUCAGGAAUGGAAGAGGACGUCUGCUUCCCAAUCCUCAUCAAUUUCAUGAGGAAUCUCACUGAUGGGCAGUGGGAGGUGAUUCAGGAGGGCAUGAGAAAUCCUACAACCAAAGUAGAACUUGCCAAAAUGUGUAGGAAGAUAGCGAAAACGGUUUCCCACAUUGCGGUAGAGAUCCUCAUCCCAACCCUUGCACAAAUAUUAGAGCUUGAUUCCGCUGGAGAAGCUAGUUCCUCUCCCUCGCUGACUGGAUCAGAGUGCGCCAACAUUUCAAGCAUCCAGGAACAUGUGGUGAAAUUGAAUGAAGAUGGUCUACCUAAGAGGCCUGGCAGUGGAAGGUCCCUGUGCAGUCAAUGGGUCAAGAGUCCCUACCCCUCAUCCACUGAAUUUGAACAGAGGCUGGAAUUGAUCCGCGGACACAGUUACCACAACAGAGAAUUGAGGACGAGUGACAGUGGCAGACAUUAUUACAGCUCCCACACACCCACUCCACGUUCUUCCACAAGUUCCCAGACGUCGUUGCAGAGGGCACAUCGAGUAGACGCUCGACUGACAGAUCCUCUGAAUGCCCUCUUUGGGAUCACAGAGGCCACAAUUCUCCAAACGCUGGGUGAUCAAUCCUGCUCUUCUGGCUCACCUGGAUUGACCAGAUCUGUGGUCAGAGAUGUCGUGAGUCAGGUGAACUCUGACAUCUCACUGAUCAUCUCCUAUUCCAGCUCAGGUAAAUCAAGUCCAGUGUUGUGUGACACUGGCAGGCGAUAUGCCAUGCAGGCCGCCCAGAAGCUGGUGUCUGUUAUCUGUGCCAAGUUGCGGAGGUUUGGAAUCACUGGACAGGCUGCGCCUCAAGCCAAAACCAAUCCAUCUAAGGAGAAUGUGGACAUUGAGGCUUCUCUUGCACCAUUGACAGGAGAAGUCAUGGCUGUUAUGGUCAACUCCAGAGAAUGCCAGGGAGAAGAGCAAGGAACAAUGGAUGUGCUUCGAGAAAUAACACACAAAGUAAAUGUUUUGGCUUCAAGGGAUAGUGUUGGUCUUCUGGAAGACUCCCUAGCAGAGGAAAAAAAUCUGAAAGAGACUGUAUCCUCUGGCAGCUUGGUGAGUCCAAACAUCCUCAUACUUUCACCUUCUGAGAAAAAGCUUGGAUCUCCUGUAAUGACAACCAUUGAGAAAUUCUCCAGUGGUGAAUUGAAGUCAGAAGCCACUAACGCUAUUAGCGAAGUGCUCAUUAGGUCUAGCAGAAGUCUAUCUGCACAAAUGUCUGCUUGCACACCUGAGCAUUCAUGUAAUCUGGCCAGUGAAAGGAAUCUGCCAGCUAUGCCAGAACUUUUAACAACUACAAUUAAUGUAGGUUCUGAAGCCUCUGGAAUUAUGGAUUCCUUUCUGAGCGAUAUGACAUGUAUCGCACAAUCAGAUUUCACAAAAAUGAAAGCUCUACCCGCGGCCCUUAACCUUUCUAAAAGGUUGCAGAAUACGCUGAGGGGAUUUUACUCUCGACUUUUGGCCCCUAACAGCUCAGAACGAGACAAAGAGGAGAAUCUAGAGCAAGCUAAAAACAUUUCUGCUCCUACUUUGAUCCAAAAGUCAUUUGGAUCCAACAAGAGUGCGCGUAUGCUUCCAGGGGUCAUAUCACCAGGAGAAGUGGCUCUUCAUAGACAUCAGAGCGAAAGCUCCAGACCUAUGGCUCUUAGCCCUCAGAUCAUUCAGCUUCACCUCGACUCUACCACUAAGGAGGUUGUGAGCACAAUUGUGUCAUGUUACAAGCCAGAAGUUCCUGAGGAAGAAUUGACAUAUUCACAUGAAAAGAUGUCAUCGGAUACGUCCCUUUUGGCUACUGAGUUUGUGGACCAUGUCAUAGCUUGGUUAAAGGUCAUCUCUGCUGCAAGUUCUGCAACUUCUUCAUCAGAGAGUUUGUGCGUUUCUCCAAAUGCAUUCAUUUGCGAACUCUCCAGUGAAACGUUUCAGACACAGGCUGUGAAACGAGUGAAACAAGUCCUAAUUGAAUCUGUCAGGUGCUUUUCCAACUCAGGAAGUUCCAGCAUAUCAGAGUCCCACACUAGUCGGGUCAGUCAAUCAGAUUUUGGCAUUCAACAGGAUUCCUCCUCGACUUCCUUAAUGAGCAUGGACUCAUCCUCUUUUGGUGUUGUUGCAGCCGUUGUGAAAGACAUGAAGAGCCUGUUGCAGACCACCGAAUCAACUGAUAGUCUACAGCCAACUGAUUCUGCCCUUCUACAUGGUACCACAAGUUAUUCUGAGACAUCAAGCAAGAGCUGGCAAAGUGGUGUUGCCAUUUCUGACUUUAAACUUUGGUCUACAGCACAGACUAUUUAUAGGCACCUGCGGAACAACCUGAGAGAGUUUUUCAUCCGGCAUCAUCAACCAGAUGUAAAAACCACAGAUGCGAUCAUAAUGCAAGCCAAAAAGCAGCAGUCAAAUCUUGCUUGCCAUCCAAGAGGAAAUGACCAGAUCGGAGGAAUUGAUGACCUCACGGGAGCUGGUGCAACUCCAUGGCAUUGUGGGAAUGAUGCUGGAGGGUGUGGAGACAGUUUGCAGUGAGGAUGAUACAGAGCAAGAGUGGCAAGAGCUUCAAAGGCCUUCAACUUCUUUAUCUACUGCUUCAAAAGGCUCAAGGUCUCAGAGAUUGAACAAUACUCACACUCUCCCAGGAACUCCAAUGUCAACUGAGUUACUGGACAGUAGCUUCCCUGUCAUUAGAAGCACAUGUAUUGAUGCAAGAGAUGAUAUUGCAUCCGGGGCCUCAUUGAGUGACCGAGGAAAAACCCUGAAUGGUGUGGUGAGCUUCAUCAUUGAACAUCUUGAUCCUGAAGUGAUGCAGCAGAUCACUUCUCCAGACUCUGAUCUAACAUCACUAGAAGAACUUAUCUCAAAGGAGAAGAUUCACUCAUUGUGCCAUGACCUUGUUGCUCAACUUGAGAGCCUCAUUCGGGAGCAGAACAGCAUCCCACUAAUCAAAUCGGUGGCAGUCGGUAAGUGUGUCUCUGACACAGUUUUGCUUAACCUAGCAAGGAGGGAAAACCAAGUGGGGAAACCCUUCUCCUCCAAACUCAUCUACAUGUUCGCUGAGGAGUUAGUGAAGCAAUUGCUGCUUCCUUUGAUCUUGCCUCCUUCAUUGUUGGGCUUGGAUCAGGAAGCCUCCCUUUACGAUGUUCCGUCGAGCACAUCUAGUCACCGCAGCUCAAGUUCCACUACUUCUCUAGUGAAUGUACUUGAUGGUAGUAGCUCUCUGGUGUCUGCUAGUUCUUCGCAGGUUUACAAUGACACAGUGAAUCUGUUCACAAGCGCGAUCUGUCACCAAGUGAUGGACAACAUUUCUGGAGCCUCUAGUCACACAGUGGAGGACAACAUCCAUGACAGAGAGGCAUCCAUCAUUGCUACUGGGUCUGUGGAGCAGGCCCAGAGUGAUUCCAGUUCUCCUCGGGCUGUGAAACAAGGCAAAUGGAGGUUCAGAUUCCUCCCAAAGAUUUCCAAGUUCAGACUCAACCUCAAGGUAAACCAGAAAUGGGUCUAAGUGAAAUGUUAUUAUUAUUAUUAGUUUUGCUGUAAUUUUUUGGGUGUUUAUUACUUGCUGUUGGGUAUCUUACUACACAAUAUGAAAACCUCUCAAUGGCAUUACUUUAUACUUGUUGCUGUUGUAUAAAUUAUGUUGUUUUAAGAAUUACAUUCAGUAAGACAUUUUAUUUUGAAACAAUAAGUGCUUCAGGCGGCGCAACAAAAAGCAGCUACAGCCCUCAGAGGAAGCCCAGGACCAGAUUAAGGUUCCCCGGGAAGAGGACCAUUGCAUAUUACCCAACACAGUGCCAAAAGCUGUCAUGACUCCACUUCAAGAGAGUUGUCUCUCCACUUCUCAACCCAAGGAGAAGAAACACAAACCCUCCAUCUUUGUCAGGAUGUUCUCGGCCAUCAACAAAUGCUUUUGGAACACCUUAAAAUGUCAAUCUAACAAAUAACAACACUUAAUUAAUAAAAUAAAGAUUUACUGCAUUCAAUUAA